UGUUCAUGUUCCAAUUCCAACCCGAAAAAUCCUUCCAUUACAAAGGGCUAAAGCUCAGCCAGUAUUAUCAAGGCGCCCACAAAGAGAGAACAUGAACCAGCUCAUCUAUGGGAAGGAAAAUGAGAUGGUUUAUGUCUUCAUCCGCAUUAACAGUGCAGGGACAGUCCUGCCCUGCUCCUCUGAACAGCUGGGGACAAAGACGUGGAUGGAUCAAGUUUACAAAUGGACCAAGGACACUGGGCAGGAAAUUCAAGAUUCCAAAUAUUGCUCCAUACUGGAGAAUGGAUCCCUAGCCUUCAAGGACUUCGGCUCAGCGCAGUCUGGAAUCUACAAAUGCAAUGUCUCCUAUUCCAAAGAGGGCAAGCGCUACACAAAGAACUUCCAUUUCUUUGUCAGGGGUAUGGUAUGUAGGAAAGCUGCCCAAGGUGCAGAGAGUUGUGGGAGAGGGAUUGGCUGCUUUGUGAAGAACAAAUCAAGAUGCCAGAGAUAAAUGGUUGCCAUGACCAAAGGGGGGAGCAUGAUCUCCUAUAUUGGAGAGACCCAGGGAGUCUGGGUAUUGAUGCAGGUUAGGGUGUUGAGGAAAGUGCCAGUGGGAAUAACUGUGGGUCACUAAGGGUAUGUCUACACUGAGAUUAAGAAAACCCAUGGCACAGCCCCAUAGCUAAGGGGGAGCAUGAGCAGGCACUGACCCCCCUGUACAUUUGUUUGUCCUUGUAAAUAAGAUGUUCCAGUUUUUUCUUCCCCAGUUUCUUAUUCUGAGUUUCCUCAGAUGAGUGAUUGUAGUCCUAAAGCCACAAAGUAGUAGUUACAAUUCUAGUAGCCCUUGGGGGUGGGGUGUGUUAGUGACCCUGUUUCAGCUAAAUUAAGUGUGGUGACUGCAUUACGUUGGUGCCAUAAUAAAAGAUGUGCAAAGAAGUCUCUGCAAAGUGGGGACACAUGGUUCUAUGCUUGAGUUUCUGUGACCAAACCCUGCCUGCCUGUUUGGAGGGGAGACAAGAAUUCCUUUCAGACAGAGAGAGGCUAUAUUUUAUAACCUGUUUGACCUCUUGUGACAGCUUUUUCCAUAAACAACACUUAUUCUGAAGUUAUGGUAUUAAAAGGCAGACCUUCAAUGAAAAGAUCAGAUUUAUUAAGAGUCAAAUUGGUUGUCUUUAGCCUUACUGUUCUUCCAGAACAAGAUAUACUGGGCUCAAUGUUUGUUUAAGGCUAAAUUGGCAACACACAGUGAAUGUUGGACAUGCAAACAGCCACAUGACAACCUUUCAUACAUCCUCUAUACCAGCGGUUCUCAAACUGGAGUCCACGGACCCCCUGGGGCUCCGCGAGGGUACUCCCCGGCGUCCGCGAGUCAUGUCUGGCUCUAGGCGGUCCACAAGUCAUGUCUGGGGCCGGCGGCCCUGCUGAUCAAC